AUGGAAGUCAUCGAUUACCUUACAGCUACUUUACAAACUAUUCAUACUGUUAGUGGUAUACCAUGGUGGGCACUAAUACCUUUAACCACUAUAGCAUUCCGUUCAUGUUGGACAUUACCAAUAGCUAUAUUACAAAGGAAAAGAACACAGAAGCAAAAUGAAUUAAGACCUAUAAUAAAUGCAAUGGGACCAGUGUUAAGAUUGAAAUUAGCAUCAAAGGCUCAAGCUGCCCAAGUUUCCAAUCAAAAAUUGAAUCAAGUUGGUGGCGUGGAUGCUCUUAUGAAUAAUGCAGCACCUUCUGCUGCUUCGUCAUUGAAUUAUGAACAAAUUAUGUUACUAAGUGUUAAAGAACGUCGUGAACGUCAAAAAAAAUUAUUUAAACAACAUAAUUGUCAAUUAUACAAGAAUUUCUUAUUACCAGCUUUUCAAAUUCCUUUAUGGGUUGCUAUGAGUUUUACAUUUAGAAAUCUUAGUGGGUGGACUGAUAUCACUUCAAAACCUUUAGAUUCUUCAUUGAUUCAUGAAGGUAUAUUUUGGUUUCAAGAUUUAACAGUUAUGGAUCCCUUAGGCAUAAUGCCUGUUGCAUUAGGUGUUUUAGCACUAACUAAUGUUGAAUGGAAUUAUAAAACAAUGGAGUUACAAAAUUUUAGUAGCGCAAAGAGAAGUUUAAGACCAACAGCAUUUGAUGCAGUGAUGAAUAUUUCAAGAAUUAGUAUAGUGUUUUUGAUGGCUGUUUGUACUCAGGCACCUGCAGCUUUAGGAUUAUAUUGGAUUAGCUCAAAUGCGUUUUCCUCAGUGCAAAAUAUGCUUUUGGAUUAUUAUUUACCAGUUCGUUAUAGUCCAAGAUCAAGAUUUAGUUAUAAAAAGGCAUCAAAAGAUGCAACUCCAUUGUUUACAAGAAAUAUCUAA